AUGUCUUCCACCAAUACCUCUCACGCAACCGACCCCGUCAACGACUCCGUCGUCCCCGGCAAGGCCCAGGAGAAGCUUCCUGCCAGCGUCGAGAACGCCGUACCAGACAGCAUUCACGACACCAACUCCGACAGCUCCAAGUCGAAGUCCCACGCCACUGGCGAAAGCAAGGUCCCCGAGGCCAUCCAGAAGGCCGCCCCCAAGGGUCUUGAGAAGGCGCUGCCUGAGUCCAUCCACCCCACCAAAUAG